GCAAUGUCCACACAUCAGCCGACAAGAUAAGCGACUCCAAGUGAGCCAGGUCAGUCGUUGUCAUGAAGCGGGCGCUGCUGGUGGGGCUUCUCUGCGCGCUCGGCAGCGCCGCUCCCGACGACUCACCGUCGGUGGAAGGGCGCUGGAACAGCAUCUCAAGGAGUGCCGUUGCCAGAAACAGCCCAGAUAACACCAAAGGCAUUGACCGAGAUGGCAGUGAACAACUCCCUGUCAAUUUUCUCGUUGGUGCUGGACUGUCUGCAUGCCAGGCCGAAGGAGCAUGGAACGAAGAGGGAAAAGCCGAGAGUGUCUUGGACAGCGUUGUACACGUGAAGGACAAUCAAAUGUUCCCCAACAACUCAGACGUUUCAGCAGACCACUACCACAGAUACGUAGAAGACCUGGCACUUGCUGGGCAAAUGAAACUCAAUUCCUUCCGCUUCUCCAUCUCAUGGUCGCGAGUUCUGCCGUCUGGAGAUGCAAGCAAACCGAACGAGGAGGGCGUGAAUUUCUAUCGGAGGUAUAUUGACGCUGUCCUGCGCAAUGGUAUGGAGCCCAUGGUUACCAUGUACCACUUCGAUCACCCUUUCAGCCUAGAAAAGGAACUGAAUGGUUGGGGCAGCCCGGCAAUGGUGGACAAGUUCGUGGAGUACGCUGGCUUUCUAUUCAAGACGUUUGGUCAAAAGGUCAAGUACUGGGUCACUAUGAACGAGCCAAACAACUAUUGCGUGUAUUUCCCCACCGUGUUGGCAACUCUGGGUCUCGCACCAGCGGAUGAGGAUGUCACCUACCGAUGCAUGCACCACAUGAACCUGGCGCACGCAAGAGCAUACCGCCUCUACAAGGAGACGUACUACGACUCUCAGAAAGGCCGGGUGGGUUCGUCGGUCCUGGUGUGGCCUGCAGUGCCUGCGUCGACGCGGUCCGAGGACGUCUUGGCGUCAGAUGCAUUCAUGCAGCUCUUCUCAGGCACGGUGGUGCACCCCCUGGUCUACGGAGACUACUCAGAGGCGACGCGGUUCCUUGUGGACAUGCGGAACGCAGAGCGCGGCCUCACCGAGUCCAGACUGCCGUUCUUCAAUGAGACGGAGAAGCAGCUUCUACAAGGCGGUGCGACCGACUUCAUCGCUUUGAACGUGUAUAACAGCUACACUGUAGCGUACGACCACGGCACGACGGGCGGGGACCGAAUGCCCAGGCUGCUGCGCGCCAUUGAGGACGACCUCCCGUUUGUGAGGAUGGCCGCUGGUGACGAAUACGACGAGACAGGAGCUGACGAGUUCGUAAUGCACGAUGCGCUGAUGUGGACAUGGAACGCGUACCAUCUGCCGAUCGCAGUCACUGAGAACGGCUUUGCCGACGUCAAGUCCUUGUGGGUCAAGGAUACUGUGCGAGCAGCUUUCCACAGCACGAAUCUUCGGUCACUCAUGGCGACCAUGAAGCAGUACGACGUACAAGUGUUUGCGUACUAUGCGUGGGCUCUUCUGGACAUUUUCGAAUUCACUGCAGGAUUCAGUCGAAACUUUGGACUCGUCCACGUCGAUUACGACUCGGGCUCCCUCAACCGGACGUUGAAGUAUUCCUCGACAUUCUUCCGCGAGAUGAUGGAAAGCGGUCGCGUGCCCUACGUGCAGCCUCCUGGGAAAUCUCACUCCAGCACCGUGAGCCCAUCUGGGAUUCUGCUCUUCGCCCUAGCAACAUGCGCAUUUGCCACGUUCAAUAAACGAUAACGAUCAAGGA